AUGGGAUGUGUGCUUGGUCAACACGAUGAGAUAGGUAAGAAAGAAAAGGCGAUAUACUACCUUAGUAAGAAAUUCACUGGAUGUGAGAUGAGAUAUCCGCCAAUUGAUAAGCUAUGUUGUGCUUUGGUCUGGACAACUUGGAGAUUGAGGCAGUACAUGUUGUACCAUACGACCUGGCUAAUCUCGAAAUUAGAUCCUUUUAAGUUCAUGAUGGAAUCAGCUGCUCUGAAUGGAAGGAUGGCCCAAUUGCAAAUUCUACUCUCCAGAUUCAACAUAAUUUAUGUGAGCCAGAAGGAUAUAAAAGAGAGUGCGAUAGCGGAUUUUCUGGCCAGUAGAGCUUUAGAAUAUUACGAGCCCUUGAACUUUGAUUUCUCCAAUGAAUAUCUAAUGUAUGUGGCAGCCCCUUGGAAACUGAAUUUUGAUGGAGUACCGAACGCCGUUGGCAAUGGAAUUGGGGCAGUCUUGGUAUCCCUAAAUGGAUAUCACUAUCCUUUCACUUGCAAAUUAGAUUUUGAUUGCACAAGUAAUAUGGCAGAAUAUGAAGCAUAUAUCAAGGGUAUCCGUGCAGAUGUAGAGCACAAAAUCAAGGUGUUAGAUGUAUAUGAGGAUUCCGCACUAGUGUUUGAUGAUAUCACUUUCCAUUAUCUCUCGCGUGAUGAAAAUCAGAUGGCUGAUGCCCUGGCUACGUUAAUUUCCAUGUUCAGCGCAAAUAAACAAGAGGAUAUGAAGCCGAUUCAGAUGAGUAUUUACUAUGCUCCAGCUCAUUACUGCAAUAUCAAUGAAGAGGAAGAGAGGGAUGAUCAUCCUUGGUAUCAGGAUAUUCUUCGAUAUGUGAAAAAUCGUGUAUAUCCUGAUCAGGCAAUCGAAAAUGAUAAAAGAACAUUAAGGAGGAAAGCCGGUGACAAUGUCUUAGACAGUGAAAUCCUGUAUAAAAGAAGAAAGGACCAAGUGCUGCUAAGACAUGUUAACACUGUCGAAGCAAAGAAAAUCUUGGAAGAAGUCCAUGAAGGUGUCUGUGGAACGCAUGCCAAUGGGUUCACAAUGGCUAGACAAAUUAUGAGAUUCGGGUAUUACUGGUCUACAAUGGAAGGAAAUUGCAUCAAUUAUGCCAAAAAAUGCCAUAAGUGCUAA